ACGCUUUUGCUGGCGCUGCGGAGGCAUCUUCAUCUUCUUACUUUCUUUUUGUUUUUGAUUUGAAUAUAACAAAUUAAGGAGCUCUGCUCUGAGCGAGAAUGCCUGGACUCAUUGGCCCCCCUCAUUAUUCCCAAGAACCCUCUCGUCAUCCCUGUCUCAUCAUCAAUGCUAAGGAGCCUUUCAAUGCUGAGCCACCACGAUCGGCCUUGGUCUCCUCUUAUAUCACUCCCAUAGAUUUGUUCUACAAGAGAAACCAUGGGCCAAUCCCACUAGUUGAUGACAUUGAGAGAUAUAGUGUCUCUAUCUGUGGUUUGCUGGGAAAUCCUAAGGAUCUGUUUAUGAAUGAUAUCAGAAAGCUACCAAAGUACAAUGUCACUGCUACCUUGCAGUGUGCAGGUAACAGAAGGACUGCUAUGAGCAAAGUAAGGACAGUAAAGGGUGUUGGCUGGGAUGUUUCUGCUAUUGGAAAUGCAAUUUGGGGUGGGGCUAAAUUGGCAGAUGUCCUUGAACUUGUGGGGAUUCCUAAACUGACAAAAAGCACCCCAUCAGGAGGAAAACAUGUUGAAUUUAUAAGUGUUGAUAUGUGUAAGGAAGAGAAUGGAGGUCCUUAUAAGGCAUCCAUCCCAUUAAUUCAGGCAACAAAUCCUGAAGCUGAUGUCUUGAUUGCAUAUGAGAUGAAUGGAGAGCCUCUCAAUAGGGAUCAUGGAUAUCCAUUACGUGUGGUUGUUCCUGGGGUUAUUGGCGCUCGCUCUGUUAAAUGGUUGGAUACCAUCAAAAUAAUUGCAGAAGAAAGCCAGGGUUUCUUUAUGCAAAGGGACUACAAGAUGUUUCCACCUUCAGUUAAUUGGGACAAUAUUGUGUGGUCUACUCGAAAGCCACAAAUGGAUUUCCCUGUUCAGUGUGCUAUUUGUUCCUUAGAGGAUGUGGAUGUGGUAAAGCAUGGAAAGGUAAUUGUUAGUGGAUAUGCAGUGUCUGGAGGUGGGCGGGGAAUUGAGAGAGUGGAUAUAUCAGUUGACGGAAGUAAGACAUGGGUGGAGGCAUCGAGGUACCAGAAGACUGGCGUUCCAUACAUUGCAGAUGAUAUAAGCAGUGACAAAUGGGCAUGGGUGUUUUUUCAAGCUGAGGUUGACAUCCCACAGAUAACUGAGAUAGUUGCGAAAGCGGUUGAUACUGCAGCAAAUGUGCAACCUGAAAAUGUGGAGGUCAUAUGGAACCUGAGAGGAAUACUGAACACAUCAUGGCACCGGGUCCAUGUUCGGGUGGGACACUCCAAUCUGUAGGUGGGAGACACCAUGAAUGGGGGAUUGUUGAUUGACAUAGUGUUUCAAGGUGUGUUAUAGUUUUUGUCUCUGUAUGUGUUCAUCAGAUCAAAGAAUAAUGGAACUGGCUUGAUGACAAGCAAAAAUACUCUUUUGUGAUCAGUGAUUUCAUGAAUUAUGGGGAUAAUUUUAGUUUUUGAUGAAUCAAAACUUUGCAAAUUCAAUAAUAGGAAGCAUUUCAUGUUUGCACUCA